AUGGAUAAACGUAUUGAAUUAGAAUUAAGAGGUCGAAAUCGAUCUGAAGUUACGGAGUUAAACCUCGAUAACUGUCGAGCGACAGCUGUCACCGGUCUCACAACAGAAUUUACUAGCUUGGAAACCUUGUCAAUGAUAAAUGUUGGAUUGACAUCAUUGAAAGGCUUGCCAGCAUUACCUUCUCUUCAGCGAUUGGAUUUAUCGGAAAAUCGAAUUUCUGGUAAUCUUGAUCAGCUUUUAUGCUGUCCAAAUAUAAAAUAUCUCAAUUUAGCUGGCAAUAAAAUCAGCACUUUGGAAGCUUUGGAACCACUUAAAAAACUUGAAGUUUUGAGGUCAUUAGACCUUUUUGGUUGUGAAUUGGCUGCAGCUGAGGACUACAGAAAAAAUGUGUUUGAGAUGAUAACAAGUCUGAAAUAUCUUGAUGGAUAUGAUGUUCAAGAUGAGGAGGCGGAAUCCGACAGCGAGAUUUUGGAAGAAACUAUUGAUGACGAAGAGGAAGAUGUAGGCGGAGAGGUUUUGGUUGACAGUGAUAAUGAUGAUGAAGGUAAUGGUGAUGAGGAAGAUUCUGAAGUUGGUUUGGAUUAUUUGCAAGGUUCUACUGUUAUGCAGGAUGAAGAUGAGACAGAAGAUUUUGCUCCAAGUGAUGAAGAAGAGACAGACGAAGCUAGCACUCCAAAAGGUGUGAAACGGAAAUAUGAACAUGAAGAUGAGGAGGAAAAUGCUACAAAAACAAAACGAGAAGCAUGA